AUGCCUGCUCCGACGUUAUACUACUUCCCGAUGAGCCCGCCAGCACGUUCGGUGUUGCUUUUGAUUAAGGAACUUGAACUGCCCGUUAAUCUGAAAGAGGUUAACCCGAUGGCCGGUGAAACACGCACCGAAGAGUUCAUGCGCAUGAACCCGCAACAUACCAUUCCGACGCUGGAUGAUAACGGAUUCUAUCUGGCCGAAUCACGUGCCAUUCUAUCAUAUCUGAUCGACGCAUACCGUCCCGGGCAUACGCUCUAUCCAAACAUCCCCAAGGAAAAGGCACUUAUCAAUCGGGUGCUGCAUCACGAUCUCGGGUCGUUCUAUCCGAAGUUUUUCGGCACCAUUGGAGCAUUGUUCUCCGGCACGGUUACAGAAAUUUCGGAAGAGAUGAAAACUAACGCCCACAAGGCGUUGGCCGAUUUGGAAAACUACCUGAUCCGUAAUGAUUACUUUGCGGGGGAAAAUCCCACUAUCGCCGACCUGUCACUGCUACCAACGAUCGCCUCAGCUCACUGUGGUUUGGAUUUGACAAAAUUCAAACGAUUAAAUGCUUGGUACGAAAGUUGUCAGGAGUUGAAAGGCUACCAUGAAGAUCAGGAAGCUGCCCGACAGGUUGGCGAGUAUCUUCGCUCCAAAUUUCCGGCCGGUUUGGAACCUUUGAAUUAG